GUUUCUAACAUAUUUUCUGUUUGCAAUGUGUUGUAUUUAUGAUGGAAAUUGUUCCUGUGUUUUAGGGCGAAAGUUAACUACUUGUUAUUGACGUUGGAAACGUCUAUAACCAGCAUUCCUAUUAUGACCAGUGGUGACGUAAUCGAUACCUACCAAGGUGUUUCAUCAUGGCCAGUGGCAGGAUGAUGCAUAUAGUGACGAUGAUGAUGAGGAUGGGCAUCUUUCUCAUGUGUGCUGUUGCCGGACUCACUUGGAGCUGGAGGUCUGACCCAAGAAAGCUUGAAUGACCAGAGGUAAUUCUGAUUUGACGAUGAACAGGUAGCUUGACAUGGCUGCGCAGGUUGAAAACAGAGGAUUAUAUCUCUACUGCUCUCAAAGUGAAGUGAAACUUCAUUUUACCUCCAAUGUUGUGCAGGGUGAUGGUCACAGCAGCCAGGAUCUUCCCUGGAUGACCAAAAGCUCUCAUUCCCAGCUGUUCAUACGCUCGAAUGCCUAGCGAAAGCAACAGGAGUUUGAUUCUUGCUAAUAUAUAUAUAUAGAUGUGUGUGUGUGUGUGUGUGUGUGCGUUUGUUUUGUUCAUCUAACUCACCCACGACUCCUGCACUGCUCAGCAGCAGGUGGACAGAAUAACAGGACAGACAAGCGAUGAUGGUAAGGAGGAUCCUGGAGGAAAAAGUGACAGCAACACUGUGGAGAAGUAGCGCGAUCGCUCAUCGCUCAAAUUCUCAUACUGAUCAUCAGUCAUGCAGCUGACACCUCAUCUAAUGAUGGCUGUGGGAACCGCAGUGAUUGGCUCUCUACAAUUUGGCUACAACACUGGGGUCAUCAACGCCCCCCAGGCAAUCAUUGAGCAAUUCUACAAUGAGACCUGGAACGGCAGGUUUUCGGAGCCAAUCUCUCCGAGUGCACUCACCGCUCUAUGGUCCCUUUCUGUUGCCAUCUUCUCCGUGGGAGGCAUGUUUGGCUCCUUCUCAGUUGGCCUCUUCGUCAACCGCUUCGGCAGGAAAAAUUCCAUGCUGGGGGCGAAUGUGCUGGCCUUCAUAGCUGCUUUGUUCAUGGGCCUCUCCCAGCUGGCCACAUCAUGGGAGAUGCUCAUCAUCGGGCGCUUCAUCAUCGGUUUUUACUCUGGCCUGUCCACUGGCUUUGUCCCCAUGUACGUGGAGGAAAUCUCGCCCACAUCUCUGCGAGGAGCUCUCGGAACACUUCACCAGCUUGGUGUAGUGGUCGGCAUCCUGCUGGCACAGAUCUUUGGGAUUGAAUCCUUCUUGGGGAACAGUUCCCUGUGGCCUCUCCUGCUCAGUUUCACUUUGUUCCCGGCGAUAGUGCAGUGUGUCCUGCUGCCCUUCUGCCCUGAGAGCCCUCGAUAUCUUCUCAUCAACUGCAACGAGGAGAGCCUGGCCCAUGGUGUGUUAGUGAAGCUCCGAGGCUCUGAUGAUGUGAGCGAGGACAUGCAGGAGAUGAAGGAGGAGAGUCAGCAGAUGAUGAGGGAAACUAAAGUGACCAUCCCAGAGCUGUUUCGCUCACCAGUCUACCGCCAGCCCAUCUUUGUUGCCAUCAUGCUGCAGCUCUCGCAGCAGCUGUCUGGUAUCAAUGCCGUCUUCUACUAUUCCACCGGCAUCUUCGAAAGAGCAGGCGUGGCUCAGCCGGUUUACGCAACCAUUGGAGCUGGAGUUGUCAACACGGUUUUUACCGUUGUGUCUCUGUUUAUCGUGGAGCGAACAGGACGACGGCCCCUCCAUCUCAUCGGCCUGAUGGGCAUGGCAGUUUCUGCAGUGCUGCUCACAAUAGCGAUGGCACUAUCAGAGCAGCUGGUCUGGAUGUCCUACAUAAGCAUCCUGGCUGUCUUCAGUUUUGUUGCCUUCUUUGAGAUCGGUCCUGGUCCUAUUCCUUGGUUCAUUGUGGCCGAGCUCUUCAGCCAGGGACCGAGACCGGCCGCCAUUGCUGUAGCAGGUUUCUGCAACUGGUCUGCAAACUUCUUGGUGGCCAUGUGUUUUCAGUAUGUGGAGCAACUGUGUGGCCCUUACGUCUUCAUUAUCUUCACCGUGCUGCUGCUGGGAUUCUUCGCCUUUACCUACUUCAAGGUGCCGGAGACGAAGGGUCGCACUUUCGAUGAGAUCGCCGAAGGUUUCCGUCAGGCGGCAGCUCAGGGUGGAGAUAAAUACUCAGCCCCGGAGGAGUUCAACACUCUUAGAGGGGACGAUCCUGACCUCUAAGCUGUACCAUCAGUGUGGAUCUUUUUGGUGGGUGCAAUGCUGUGUUUCUCAGGUGCUUUUUUUCUGAACAUUUGGUACUACUUUGUUCAGAUUCUCAGAUCCUGGAUGCACAUUAAAAAUGUCUGAUAUUCUAAAAAAAGAAGAGACCCAGAUCACUAUAUAAAAGCACUGAAUACUAGUGGGUGCCAUUCCAUGUGUGAUCAACUGGGGGGCCGUUUGCUGGGUAAACCUCUUGGUUUUGGAUUUUACAGAUACCAAAUGAGUUGGACAAGAAAUUGAAUUCAUUAUACAGAUUUAGGGAUCAGCUUUUGAUCAACUUGCUUACCAAAACACGACAGUGAUUCUUGCACUAAGUAAUUUUACCUGCUCACAGAACUUGAAAGAAAAUGGCACAGUCUUUAGGCUCAUAUUGUUUAGAAAGUUGAGUCAAACUCUAAAGGAUGAUUGCAGAUGUUUUGAGAAGUGUGUGGCUAUUUCAUAGAUCUGAGAAGGACCUAUUUUAUUUUAUUUCCCUUUGUUUGUGAACAUUUCCUGUGUAUAGUUGACCACGGAUAGAACGGAUACUUGUUUAUCACAUGGUAAGUAUUAAAACUACUGAGGGUCAAUAACAGCAGGGAUUCAGAUCCAAGUUUUCCACUUUAGAUCCAGGUUUUUACUUACUAUAUAUAUCUACAGUCACCUUGACUAGUUUUAUCACAAGUUGUCUGUUUCAAGUUGUAGUUACCGGUUGUCUCCACUAGAUGUCGACAUUGUAUAAUAGGAAGGCGAUAGGCAAGCGAACGGUGUGAAGCACCAUAACUGGUCGCUAGUUUUUUUGGAAGCGAGAUUGUGGGAAUUCAUCAUCAAAAGAAACUUAAAAAAACGACUUCCAUUUGAAUCGUUAAUUUUGACGUACUCAUUCUUGAAAAUGCGUUUACAUACGAAUACAAUGGAUGAAGAUUAAAGGAAGAACAAAAAUGACAGAGAGAAAGACUCGUUUUCUACCACUAAACAAGACACUGAUCAAGUGUAGUGGAAGCUGCUGUUUUCUGGGCUCUCUCUGGGUUGCCCACCUAUCAUGAGUUUCUCCUUUGUGUGAAAUGGACGUGUGUUUGACAUUCAACUGGUUUGACCUGCAUGUUCUGUCUCGCUGCCAUCUUCAUUAAACAUUAAACAGUUCAUGUAAUUGUAAUAUCUACACUAAUGCUUCAUUGUACCAAAUAAAACACAUUUGGUUUUUGGA